UGCAUGUAUUGAUCCAUCCUUCCCUUCUCUCCUCUAUAAUGAAUAUUUAAUGAAUAAUUAAUCAUACAAGUAUCACAGUAAACUCAUUUGUCAGGUUGUUUUUUCCCCUUCAGACUAUUUCAGCUUCAGGUCUAAGUAAGGGACCUUGUGGGAGUCUCGAGCUGAUAAACACGUGUCAGGUCGGACCCGGACCCUGUGUGAUUAUGUAACAGACCUGCAGAUAGACACGGACCCGGUGUGGUUAUGUAACCGCUCUAACACGCCCCCUCCGCCGCAGGAACAGUCAGACGGUCCCUAACCACCGCUUCAUGUUUCAGUGAGAGCCGGUAUUUGUUGACAGUCCCUGGACUUUCUGAUGAAAUCUCUCUGAACAGACGGAAGCGACGCGGCGGUGAAACCUUCACUGAACAGGAGAAACGGAGACACAACCAGCACUAAACCCACCGAAAAACAGCUACACGGCACAGUGAAGACACUAAACGGUGGUUUUCGGUCGAAUCUUCUGAAUUAAUCGUCGCUCUCUGGUUAAUUAACCGACAAGCUAGCCGCUGCUGCUAAGCUAACCUGCUAACAGCACCGGCCGCCGCUGAACGGAGACCUCCAGCCGCCGCCGCCUUUUCACUGAGAUUAAAAUCAGAUAAAAUGGCUCUGUUUUCAUCCUCAGACCUGGAUUCUUCCUCGUAUUAUGCCUCCAUGGUGUUCAGCUUCUCUUUCUCCUCCAGCUCCGUCUCUGUCUCCGCCAAACUGUCCACCAGGAAGAAGUCCAACCACCACUCUCAGCGAAGCGUCGACGCCGCGGAGCUCGCCGGGCUGACGGACGAUAUCUCCUGGGUUUCCUCUGGUUGUGGUGACCGGUAUGUGUGCCAGUCAGUGUAAAGACGUAUGUUUCACUAAAAGGACUUGACUUUUUUAAAUGGAAAGCACCAGUAACUGCUCUUGUUAACCCCUGACCUGUGGCCGCAGUGCCCCUCAGUCUGACAGCUGUCAAACACGGAGCUAACCCGCUAAAGAGGACCCGGUCCUGUCCCCGAGGUUACACUGCUUCUCAGCUAAUGUCAGAUUAUUUAUACUUUGCACUUUUGAGUUGAGGAAAAUGUUCAGAAACAUGAGUGAUGAGAGACAUUUAUCCGGCGGGCAGAGCUCGUCCUCUCCGACCGGGCACGGAGUCACCUCUACCGGGCUGGACGCUCAGGAAAGCUCGUGGAUCGGCCUGCUCUCCGUGGUGUCCAGGCCGGCGCUGUCAUUUCUACAGAAAUAUCUCCCGGGUCGACCCCGAAACCCGACCCCGGCCGGUAACGGAGCCGGGUGGAUCAGUGAAGUCAUGAAAACAAGUUCUGUUGACGAAGAGAGAGAGUUCCUGAGACAGCUGGACGACAUGAUGCCGCUCACGCAGCACGCGUCUCCACACCUGACUUACCUGCGGUGGCAGCACGAGGGAGCCGCGGGGCUGCUGGAGCCGGAGGACGGCUCGGCUCUGCCCUGGCUGACCGCGGACUCUCUGAGGGAGAUGGGGAUAGAAAACGCGGAGGUGGAGUUGAACCUGUGCCAGCAGACUCAGGUGGGGUACCUGUCCUCAGCCAGGACUUUCCUCAGCCACGUCCUGCUGAGCUCUGUGUCCCCCCCAGAGAGGAACCCCCCAGGAGGGAGGGACUGGGUGAGGAGUGGCGGGGGGAAGAGCAGGACGUGGUGGGGCAGCCUGUGGGGCGGCGAGGAGAGUUCACAUAGAGAGUUGUUGUCCUGGUCCGAGGAGACAGAUCGGCUUUGUCCUCAACAACCAGGACCUGGAACAAAAGCCCCCGCUGUGUUUGUCCAGAGCGCCGGCACAGGGUCGACUCUGGGAGAAAACACUGGACCCGCUGACCACAAAGAGGAGCUGGCCAACAAUGGAGGCCUCCACACAGUCCAGAACACAGAGGGGUCCAAGCCAGACCACGGGCUCAGCAUCAGGAACCACCUGAGCGGUUCAGGAGCCGCCUGCAGCCAGGUGGCUCCUCUGACCCCAGACCAGGACAAUGGGUACUCCAGUCUGGAGGAGGAGCAGGUCCAGAUGAGCCACCUGAAUGAGGUGAAGGGUCAGAGCGCAGACCAGCAGGAGGCCGGACCGCCCAGAGACCCCGCUCCCAUCAGCGCAGAGAUGGAGGAGGAGGAGGAAGAGUCUACGUCAGCACAGGAGGAUGAGGAAGAACAGCAGAACCCGGGGUCAGAGGGUCAGACUGAGGCUGUGGGGGCCACAGUGAUCCCCACUCCCCAGUGCCAGAACAAGGCCAUUGCCUUCAUCAUGGGCUGCCCCUGCAGCGACGACGACAGCAGCCAAUCAGAUGGGGAGUCCAGCGAUGAUGACGAUGGUUUUGACAGCGAGGGGUCGUCUGAUCUGUCCGACUCAUCUGACGAAGACGAUGAUGACGAGGCGUCAGACUCGGACGGCGAGGUGGACUUGGAGGCGGAGCGUCUCUGGAGCUCCCUGUGCCAAAGUGUGGAUCCCUACAACCCCCGAAACUUCACCGCCCCCCUGCACACACGCAUCACCCUGCCCAGGAGCAUCCCCGCCUCCACGCCACCCUCUUCCACCCACUCCACCCCCGCAUCCUCCCCCGACCUCCCCCCCCUCCCCCUCUCCUUCCCCGCCGCCUCCCCUCCCCUGCCCUCCCUCUCCCCUCCGUCCGGCCACGACGUCUGGGACGACUCCACCUCGGCCAGCGAGGUGGACGAAGCUGAGAGCCUCCGUCUGUGGAGCUCCUUCAGCUCCUCCGACCCCUACAGCCCCUUUAACUUCCAGGCCCCCAUCGGACUCAAGAGCCUGCAGAGGCCGCUCCCAGGACCAGGACCAGGGCCAAGAAGGCCUCUCCAGACUCCCCCCCACUCCCCACACCACAAGGCAGCAUCUCCACCUGAGUACAGGAAGGAGGAGGCGGAGGAGAGGCUGGACAGCGGUUUCUCUGAAGCCUCCACCUCCUCCUCCACUUCCUCCACCAGCCAACGCUCUGCUACAACUAAGAAGGUUCGUUUCUGUGAUAACGUGGAGGAGUUCUUCGCCAGCUGUGGUGAGGAAGAGGAGGACCGCCGAGGUCCCUGGGAGGAGCUGGCCCGAGACCGCUGCCGAUUCCUGCGACGCUGCCAGGAGGUGGAGCAGAGCAUCGCUUACUGUCUGCAGCCACAGCACCGCAGCCUGGUGUACCGCCGCCUCACUCUGCUCUACGUCCAGGACUGAGGACCGCGGUCUGUCCUCCACGUCCAGGACCCCUGAAGACGGUCUCUGCGUCCAGGACGUUUGAAGACAGUCUGUCUUCAGACAUCCAGAGGACGGUCCAUCUUCAGAUGGUCUCUGCGUCCAGGACGUUUGAAGACGAUCUGUCCUUGACGUUCAGGUCGACUGAGUAGUUCAUGGUCUCAUACUGAGGACAUGAAGAGCUCCUGUUGUUGAACUGUAAACUGCUUUGACACUAUAGAGACACAGAGACAGCAGGUGGACAGACUGAGACCUGCUGGACUCUUACUGACUGACUUUAGUCUUCUUUCUGAUGUGGUUCAGUCCACGCCUGCUUGUUUCUGCAGCUUCGUCUUUUUGGAUUCAGUCUAACUCAGAUUCAGGGUAAACUUCUGAUGUGGUCAGAGACCGGCUGGUGUUUGUUGUGAAGAUGAUGAAGAUGAAGGGCUUUAACUUCACUGUGAGGAAAAUCCCUGUCAGAGUCUAAAUGUUCUUCCUGCAGACAGAGAAAUGUCUGCAGCUGUUCCAGUGUUUCCUCGAGCUGUUUCACUUCAGUUUGAUCCUGAAACAAGCUGCUGUUUAUUAGGGGGAACAUGUUGAUCAGUUGCCAAUAAUCAAUAAUCAGUGAUCAAUGAUCAGUGUUUGUUAAAUGUGUUUGUGUGAUGGAAUCAGCAGCUUCAGUCUGACUCAGAUCAAACUGCAGCUCGACCCCUGUGCUGAGGUCAGACCAGGUCCUGGUCCAGGUGAGUCCUGCGGUCUGAUCUGGGCUCAGAUCUGAUCCAGACUCAGGUCUGAUCUGGAUCAGACCUAAGCCUGGACUCAGGUCUGAUCUGGACUCAGGUGUGUCUGUAUUCACAGCCAAAGCUUUAGUUUGGUCCCAUUUUGUCUUUGAAGCCAAAGAUCGAAGUGUUUCAGUCCGACAGGAGGAGGAACUCCGAGUGUUGCAUGAAUUUCUCUCAUUGAUGUAGAAACUGUUCCUCUAACUGAUCAGACUCACUAAUCACUGAUAAUCAAUCAAUACACAGAGUAUUCUGCUCCUGAUCAGUAUGAUAGAUGUCACUGUGGUGUUCAAGAAAACUCCCUUUAAUCAGUCACCUGUUGAACUGAACAUCUAACACAUCCAGACUUUAAAACAACUCCGACUCUUAACUGGACCACAACAAAACCAAACCAGGACCUCCAGGAUCCAGACUCACAGAUUCAGGUUUAUUCAUCAUUUAAAUAUUCAGCCUUGUUAAUAUGAGGUUAUUGAUUCAGAGCAGAAACAUCUUCCUGUUCGUCUGAUCAGUGAAGUCAGGAUCAAUCAAACAGGAAACAGCUUCAGCUGAUGAUCAAUAACUCCUCUCAUUGAUUAGUUCACUGUUUAUCUUUCAUGAUUCCAAACAGAAGAGCAACAAAUCUUCAUAUCUGACAAACUGGAGAUUUGUCAGUUUGACUUUUAUUGAUAACUAUUGAUCAUCUAUUGAACUGAUGAGUUUCAGCUGUGGCGGGAAACAACACAAAUCGUUCACAGAGAAAAGUAUUAAACUCAUAAUAAACUGAUCAGAAAAUAAACAGCUGAUUAUUUAAAUCGUCAGUGAAACAUCAGGAAACAAUAAACUCAGUGAGGAGAUGAAUUCAGACAUCUUUAUUUCUAAAAUCAAUAUCUGAUCACCUGAUCAAUACUUCAGUUAAAUCUUCAGUAACUCAGUGUUUUAAUGAGACAAUGUUUUAAAUGUACUGCAGAGAAGAAGUACUUUAAUAUAACUAAAAUACAGUAAAAGUACUUGGUUCCUCUGCAGCAGUGAGUGACAGUCUGCGAUGUUCAGUUCAACAGAACGAGUCAGAGUCGGGCGGGGGGGAGUCCUAGGUCCUGGUCCUGGGUCUGACUCAGUCGAAUAUAAAGUUUGUGCAUGAAUCUGAUUUAAACCCUCUUACACUUAAAGUGUCACAUGAAGAGAGAAACUCUGAGGAAUCACUGCACCGAGCUGAAGGUAGAAACUCUGAGGGAGGGAGGUGGACAUCAGGAGGAAGUCGAAUUAAAUCAGAGGAAUCUUUGGUGUUCUAUUAUAAAAAAAAAGCUUUUUAUUUUUCUAACGCUUCAUUUGGUGGAAACUGGUUCUGCUUCAUCUCCUCACGAUCUAAAUACGACUUAAAUAUGAAAAUAAAAUCAAUAUUUAAUGAUC